AUGGCUGAAUCCGAAUCGGGAAAUCCCACAGUCCCCGGCGCAGGACGUGCCCACGAGCAACCCUGCCAUGUGCUCCAUCCCACCCUACCCUUACACAUCGCCACGCAGACGCUCGACCAAAUCCUCCAGGAGCACGCCCGCCGCGCCGAGGGACGCCCUUCAGAAGCCCCCGGCUUCACACUAGUUGACUGCUCGAGCUUGAUCCCCGGUGCAUCUCAGCCAGUGCUGUAUACGAUGUGGAUCACACGGGCCAGUACUCCGUCGCUUUUCAGCCUGACGUGCGUGUGCGAGCAUUUGAGGAAUCAGCUUGUCGAGAACGGGAAAGUGGUUAUGUCGAUCUUUAAUGAUACGGGUGGGUAUGGGGAAGCGGGGGAGGCGUUAGCGGCGGGGACUUACAUGGUUGUUUUGAAGAGGGUUGAUGUGGAGAGGUUGAGGUGUGUACCUGUUAGUUUGUCGAGCUUGGAGAAGAAGGUUGUGAAGGAGUAUAUGGUGCACUGUCAGUCUUCCAGUAGUAGCGAUUAA